AUGGGAAAAAUCAUUGUUUAUGAGCAUGCCAACUUCCAGGGUAUGUCCAAAGAAUUCCACACCAACAUUGCCAACCUAAAAGAUGCAGAUUGGAAUGAUUGUAUCUCCUCAGUGAAAGUAAUCGGCCAUCCUUGGGUGGCUUAUCAGCAUGCAGACUACAAGGGACAGUUACUGGUACUUGAGGAGGGAGAUCAUGACUUUGUUGGCAAAAAGAUGAAUGACAGGAUCAGCUCUCUGCAGGUGAUCACUGAAAAUCUGCACAACCCCCAGAUCACUCUCUAUGAGCAUGCUGAUUAUCAAGGGAAGAGCAGAAUAAUAAGAGAAGCAACCAAUCUGACCAGGGGACAUGACGAUAACACCACAUCUUCACACAAAGUUCAGAAAGGUGUCUGGCUGCUGUGUGAGCACGGUGAUGGAAGUGGAUUUCAAUACAUUGCCCGAGAACAUGAGCACCUUCCAAACUACAAGGCAAUCAAGUUCAACGACAAGCUUUCCUUCCUGCGCCCCCUGCGCCCUGGCUGUGGCUGUUAG